AUGGGCAAAGACAAAUCCAGCAGCAAGGACGCCUCGAAAAAGGAAAAGCGCAGCGAGAAAGACGGCGUGAAGAAGUCGAAGAAGGACAAGAAGAGCAAGCUCACGGAGGAGAACAUCGCGGCGGCGGUCGAGCAGGUGGUUAAAGCCGCGGACGACGACGAGGAUGUAGAGAUGGAUGUUAAGGUCGAGGUGCUGGUCAAGCCGGUUGGGGCGCUCGUGCCGUUUGCGGCGCCGUUGGCGGAUGAGAAGGUUGCGAAGAAGGUUUUGAAGGGGGUUAAGAAAGCUGCGAAAAACAAAACGCUCAAACGCGGCGUCAAAGAAGUCGUUAAAGCCCUCCGCAAAUCCCCGCAAGGCGCAGGUCAAUCUAGUAUCCCAGGCAUCGUCAUCCUCGCAGCGGAUAUCUCGCCCAUGGAUGUGAUCUCGCAUAUCCCAGUGCUGUGUGAAGAUCAUAAUGUGCCGUAUAUCUUCGUGACGUCGCGUGCGGAGCUCGGGGCGGCGGGGAAUACGAAGAGGCCGACGAGUGUGGUUAUGGUUACGGAGAAGAGUGGGAAGAAGGAGAAGGUUGAGGGGGCGGAGGAGUUUGGGGAGGUGUAUAGGGAUUUGUUGAAGGUGGUGGAGAAGGAGGCGAGGAAUGUGAGGGUGUAA